GUGGGAGCACUGCGGACUGAAGCACAGAGGUUAGCCUGAGGUCACUGGGUUCCAGGGCUGGGUGAGAUGCAGGGGAGCCUGGAGCGCAUGGAACCCUGCCAUGGUCACCUGCUUCUGGCAACUUUCCUCUUCAUACAGAUUGUUACCAGUGCAGAAGCACUUAGGGAACCCCCAGAGAGUUGUGUGACCUUUGAGGACGUGGCCGUGUACUUCUCCCAGGAGGAGUGGGGGCUCCUUGAUGAGGCUCAGAGGCUCCUGUACCACAGUGUUAUGCUAGAGAACUUGGCGUUUAACAACAUCCGUGGGACUUGCUUCAUUCGGGUCCCAUUUAGUUACACAACUGGGAGUCUGGGGAGCACCCUGCUUGCUUCACAGGGUGAACAUGGCAGGAUGGUCUCAGAGGAAGCCUGGCCCUGCAGUGUGUGAGACUUCAAAUUCCUUCACACCCUUGUCAAUGCCUGGUUCAUCCCUAACACUCUGGCAGUUCCUUCUCCUUUCCCCCUCAUUGUUCUGCUCUUCAAGGUGGUUACUGCACAUGGUUCUCUGAAAUAAAACGUGAUCCUGGUUGGGAGACAUAGCCCUCAGGUUGGCCACAAACACAGCUGCUCCUGCCUCAAGUCUCUGGAUAAAG